CGAUAGUUUUGCUUAUGCCUCUCGAAAUGGUAAUAGGGUUUUAAGAAAAUGCGUAGUAAAGUUAGUGGAAAAUGAAAAUGUUUUUUGUGAAAUAAAACAAGUCUUUUGAUUUUAAUAUUGAAAAAAGAAAAACACAUCGCACCAGACUGUUCGCAAUGAUGGAGUAAACAGCUGCUGAGAGGGGGAACACACAAGCACCAUGUCAUUGCAGCCGACAGUUGCAAGCGGCAGCGCUUCGGGCAACCCUCAGUUGCUGCGCCCCCAGACGCUGGCGGGUCCGGAGCGGGAGCCCGUCGAAUUCAACAUCAAUCUGGUUGGCGCACCGCCCGAGGUGGAACAGCUGGUUCAGCAGAUUAAGUGCGUGGCCGAACAGUUUCUAUAUCACUGGAAGAGUUUUCCCAUUGUUCUGCCCCAGCCACUGGCGACUAGCACGCUUAAUGUAACGGCCAGUAAUGCGACAAAUAGUGUCAGCGGUCGCAAAAAGCGUCCUAUUAAUCAGAGUGACCUAUUUAUAGCGCCGCCCUUUGAUGAAUUGGAUGCGGUUGCCUCCGAUGGCAGCGGCGAGCCGCGUCGCCUAACAAAUGCACAAUUGAAAAGUUUGCGCGAAACUGGCUUGCAAAAGGAUAAAUAUGGAAAGCCGAAGAAAUUAACUUUGGAACAAUUGGAAACAAUACGUAAAAAUGGAGAAUUCGAUGUUCCGAGCUUGCAUUUUACAGGCCAGGUGCACAAGUGGCGCCUGUCCCAGCUGCUGCAAAAGGGCACGCUGCGCGCCCACGACUCCUUCUUAAGCGACUUGGCCUUGGCAGCGCGUUUUGUGGUCGUCACGGCCCGAGCUCGCAUCUUCUCGCACUUCUUUUCAGUGGUGCAUGCAGCGCACGCACUGCUGGAAGCGCUAAUCCGGCUGGUGGACAUGUUUAUCGGUGUGCCCGCUUUGUUGGCACACAAUCUGGACUACAAGAUCAAGGAGGAACGUUGUCGCUUUCUUAUAGCUGAGCUGGUGUGUCGGCCGGAGUUCGAGGACUGUCUGGAUGGCCUGUGCUCCUAUGUGCGCAAAAUGCUGCGUCGAGCUACCAUGGAGAAGUUUGAUUUCAACAGCUGUGAGGUGUCUCAGCCCGUGCCAUAUCUGUUCUUGACGCCCAAGGGCCAGGAGAUCGAUCUGCGUCUGUUCUGCCGGGACAUAAUGCGCAAGGCGCUGCCCGUGCUAGUGGGAAUACUGGAGCGCGAGACACGCGGCUGGUUUCUGCAUUUUCGUGAGCGCCUGAUUGCAGAGCUACGCGCCAAGAAGCUGACCGACAAGGAAAUUGAGGAGGAGGUCAAUGAGGCUGUCAUGAAGGAGUAUUUGCAGCGUGUCUAUAGCUCCAUCAUGUCCAAUGCCAAGCUCGCCGAACUAGGUAACGGUGUGUCACAGCUGUUGGUGGAGCAAGCCCAGUCAGUGGUCAUCAUGUACAAGGCCGUUGACAAGGUGCAGCAGGACAUUAAGCGAACGCGUGAAGACCAUCAGAAGUGCCUGGCCAACGAUCACUCUGUGCUUUCCCGCGUGGCGCCCUGGCUACGCUCCAAGCUGCGCCAUGCCGAGCAGCACAAGCUGUACAAGUGCGCCUGGUCGGCGCACGAGGAGGCCCUCAAGAUGUGCAGCCAGCACAAUCUGCAUCAGACUGCCUACUUCCUGUCGCGCGAUCUGGCAUUCAUGAAAGAGCGCGAGCCAGUGCUGCUCAAGGAAUUGAAGAAUGCUAAGACGCCAACACGCAGCUUCCAAUGGGCUUGUCGCAUCUGGUCGCCGCAGUCUUGGAUUAUACGACGCAAUUUUCAAGGGCAAUCGGAUGUGAUCCCCACGGUCAUAAGCCAGCAGGCCACUUCCAUAGUCACUCCACGCUCGGAUCCCAGUCAGCCGGUAUUUUUGGUUGAGAAGGAAAUGAUACGCACCACCAGCACGCGCUGGCCUUUCUGGCGUCUGUUGAAUCUGCUGCAGCGAACCUGGUGCUGGACUUGGAACAUGAUGUUCCUCCUCGGCAUUCUUGUUCCCUGGUGCAGCCCGCUCGGGCUGCGCGCCCUCUUCUGCAUCAAGCCGUUCAUGCCCGACCUGGAAUUGUCUCAAAUUAAUGGCACGCUUUUCCCACGCAAGACCAGCAUCACACAGACGUUAGCCUCACGGCUUAUUGAGCUCUGGCGACACAUAUCAAAAUCACGCACUCACUUCGAAACGGAACCAGACACAGGCUUCAUUGGCAAAGGCUUGACACGCAAUUUGAAUCGAACUUGGAAUUACUUUGUCAAAGGUUUUCUGGGCACCAUUGUCAUUCUGUUUGCAUUCCCACUGAUAUGCUUGGCGACAUGUUUCCUCAGCAUUGGGCUGGCAUUGAGCGCACCGCUUUGGAUUCCAGUAUUUGUUCUUCUGUUGCACAUCUACAUGAUACUCGUCUAUGAUUUGGACGCGCCGGACAACACUCGAAAUCGAUACUGCAUUCUGCUGGAGGCGCUCAUAUGGAACUUUCUUAUUCAGGGCUUACUGCAACCGCUGGCGGCGAUUUUGGUGGCCACGCUGCUUUGUCCGCUGGCGGCAGGUCUUGUGCUGAUAGUUGGCGUCGUUCGAUACACACUGCGGCUACUUUGGGAUUCGGUAACGUUUCAUUUGUUCAUUAAGAAAUGCGGACGGGUUCCUGCCUCGGAUAGCAUUGCCGUCAAACGCAUUGCUGGUCCGGGCUUGGCUUUGGACUAUUAUUUCAUUAUACGGCCGGAGCAGGCUUUGGCAGCACUAGAGGCUAAAAUGGAACUGGACGAGCUGCAGGCCUAUCAGCAUGCCACUGAGCGUGUGGUAUUGCAGCCACAGCAGGAUUUCUUGCAAUUUGUCGAAGCCUGUUUUGGACCCUUUUCCGCCCAGUUGUCGAAAACGGGUCCAUAUUUAGCACUCGAUCGCGAGGCUCAGGAUUUAAUGAGCUCACUACACGAAAAACUCGAGAAACGUCGCAGGGAAUUACAAACGAGCCUAACUACGCAGGUUAAAUCGCGUAUCAAGCUGAACACCAAAGAAUUGAAGAUUGCAAUACAACUGGCCGCCCAUUUACUUGAGAAAUACUAUCCGUCUCAUGUCAUCGGUAGACUGUCCAUUAGCGAAGAAGAAUUUUGGGAUAAUAAGGGUCUCUCGGUCAACGAUUGGCCGGGUCUCGCGGGUCUCAUAUAUACCGAGAUAUUUAGUUUAGAUUUUCUAACGCCAUUGACUGAAAAUGAUACGCAUUUUAAACUAGAACCACAUGCCUCGCUAGAUCUAAUGCGCUACACGGAGAUGGUAAAGAAUGCCAACGAUGUGAUCGGUUCCAAGGGACUGGAUUUGUUGGGCAAUGUGUAUGCGCCACGCGGCAAUGUCCAGGUGCAUUUACCAUUCCUGGAAGUGACCGCAUUUAAUCCGCGCUCACGCAUCACGUUGACUUUUCGUAAGCCCGAGAAGCGCGAUAUGUCCGUGGGCCUAACGACGCCACGAGUGCGCGCCCAUCGUGCUCAACAUAUACCAAAAGCCACGCAGGACGCCCAAAAGCCUUGGCGUCCAUGGAAACAGAAGUGCGUGGAGCGAAGCGUCACUGAGAAAUUGCUGAUACCGCUGCCAGUUCCACAUCCUGUUCACAUUGCCAUUGCCAUUUACAAUCGCGAUACGGAACAGCCAAUUCCGCUGGACUCAGAGCUUGUUUGGGAGAUACUCAAGUCUAUCGAAGACUGCCAGAACGGCGAAGCUAUGGCUGUGCAUUCGGUGGCGCGCUAUCAUGGCGCCGUCAUGGAGUCUAGCAACGAUUCGUUGGCCAGCAGCAGUAGCAUUGGCAGCACGCGCGACUCUGGCUCCGGCUCGGUGUCUGGCUCUAACUUGGGCAACGGCACGGAAACUUUACCAUGUGGAAAUCGUGAGGUUUGCACGCAGGUCAAAGUCGACGCAGAACCAGCACCCAGCGCAUCCGGUUUUCACUGGACCCUUAGCAAUUGGGGUGCCGCGCAAACGGCACGCCGACGCACUAACUCCAACGUGCGCGUCGACCUGGCCAGUCCCGAGGACAUAUCGCUGGAUACGGAUAGCUCGCGUGCUGUUUUUAACAACGCAUAUGGCACCACAGUCUAACAGGCUUACACUGGUUUGGGCACACAAUAGUAUAUAUACAAAUAUAUAUAUUUACCUUUAUAUACAGACUAGAGAUACAAUUACGAUUAUGUAUAAACGCGUGGGCUUCUUAGCUGCAUUUCUUCUAAAAAAAAAAUAACACUUUAAAAUUAUUCGCAUUAUCCAGUUAUGCUUUUGUAUAUCGCACGCAUAACAAAUAACAUUUCGCGAAUUAAUAGCUUUAUUUAAAUUUGAAUUAUAACAAAGGCUAUGAAAGGCAGAAUAUGUCUGAUUGCUGUCGCUCAGCAGCUAAAGCAGCCAUGCUAGUUAAAGUGUAAUAUGAACAAAUCUAUCCAUAUACAUAUAUCUAUAUUUACAUAUAUAUAUAUGAUAUAUACACAUAAAUGAGUUGUUAGUAUACAAACUUAUACAUGCAUAUAUACAUAUACAUAUACAUUUACAUACAUAUAUACAAUGGAUUCACAGAACAAUCUAAAAAGCAAACCAACUUAAUUCUAGUCGCAAGCAAGUUUUAUGCAGCAAUUUAACUCAAAUUUUUCAUAUGCAACUAAUUAAUUAAGAAUACUAAAAGCAAACGCCUCAACACGUAUGACUUCGAUGACGAUUUUAGACCAGUACUAGUUUUUUUAAUUUUUGUUUUCAUUCGAACAAUAACAAAUUAACUCACAACACACUGUGGUCCAUAAGUAAAUUCCAUCGGCUUUUAUGUUUAAAGCUUCAUUUAGCAUUUUUUAGAAUGCAUUUAUAUUGUAGCAACUAAAUAUUUUGUAUCUCGAUAGAUUUUCAGUUAAAAUACUAUAAUUUUUUUUGCAACGUCAAAUUGUUCUUUAGUGUCACCUUUUGGUCAAUUUAUUAAAGAUAGUUUUUCCGAAUAUUUUCAAGUAUCAGAUCAGUCUAACAUUUUAAAUAUCAGUUAAUGGUUUCAGAGAUAACUUUUUGUAAAACAUGAGUAAUGAACGACUUUACAAUAUAAAGCAAUGUAUAAACAUUAGACACAAGCCUUAGUGAAGGUAGCUAUCGUCUACGAAGACACAAUCUAAUGUCAUUCAAAGAAAGAUAUAUGUAUACCAACUCUUUGUAGGGUAGAUAGGUAUUCUAACAGCUGGAUCGUGUUUCCAGUGCACAACAUUUGUUGACAACGGUGGAACGUUUUCCACAUGUGUGUAUAUAUUUUUAAUAAAUACAUAUGUCAACAUGAACAAGUGUAACAAUUGCAACUGAAUAAAUAUAUAUCAGAUGAGAAACUCAAGCAGAGUCCAGUGCCCCUUCAGGUUGAUAUUAAUGGACUGUAGAAAUAAGCGCGAGUUGUUUUCAACAAGACUAAAGUGUUCUUAUUGCCUUGUACGAUUGAAUGUCCAUUUUAUCAUUGAAAAUUAUUAGUUAGAAUUUCGAUCAGUCGAACCGAUUAAACUACAUUUUUAAGCACGUUUCGAAGCUGUUUUACGGCAUUUUAACCGAUGGAAAACAAUUCUGGCACACACUGUGCAAUGGCCAUGAGAUUUUCUUUGUACCUAACAAAAGAUAAACUUAAUUUUAAUAAUCAAAAAUAACAAUAUUGUAAAUGCCACGAAUUGUUCUAUGAGAAUUUGAACAAAUAUUGUUAAUUAAUAUUAAUUAUGGUAUGUCAACUAAUUUAUAUAAACUAAUACAUAGUACUCUUACUAAACGUAUACUUCUAGGUAUAUGCCCCUUAGUUUUUACAACUACUAUUUCUGCUCUCUACUCUUCCAAACACUAAUACGAUUUAUAAACGAUAGUAAUAACAAUUAACAAAUUAACGUACAAAAGCAGCAUUAAACAAAAGGCAGUAAAUUGUAAUUGAUAAACUAUUCACAUUUAUAAAUAUACCAAGCUAAUACAUAGCAUAAAUGCUAACAAUAAGAAGAGUUGCAAUAAAUGUAAUUCCACUCCUACCCCUAACGUAUAUCUAUGCCCUCCAAGUAUUUACAACCAAACUUUCUAUUUUAUAUUUACGUUAAUUGCCACACAACUUAAAGUAUUAAUUAAAAGUACCUUCACUUUACACAAUCAUAACUUCGGCAGCUUCCAAUAUUAUGUUAAGAUUGGCGAAAUAAUUUUGUUACAUUCUUCAAAUUUGUUCCACACCUAUUGCAAUAAUGAAAUUAUUUGUUUGGUCAUGCUUCAAUUAAAGCCUAUCCUGAUAAAUAAUUUAUACAAAUGCUAUUUUCAGUAGAAGCAAAAAAUUGAACAAACGAACCCUAAUUAUGUUUUUAAGCUAGAGUAAAUCGAAUGAAAUCUUUACAUACAUGCAUACAAACAUACCCGACAUACAUAAAUAUCUAGUUAUUAAACUUUAAACAUACUGAUUAAAGCAAGAACGAUAAUCUCAAGAGCGCAUUGAACAAUUUUAUGAAAAUGAACCGUAGUAUAAUUAAUAUGUAAUAAAAAA